AAAAGGGCAAAUAACCACAGAAGGAAAGGCGGAAGUGGAUUGUUAGAAAUAAAAGUGGAUUUUUCAAUAUAAUUUUGGAAGGAUUGGUAAGGUGUCUCCUAGUUAUCAAGGUGUUAUGGCGUAACAAGAAGUUCUGUAACUCUCAAUAAUUUUUUUGAAGAUUUGCAAUGACAAUGGCUAGAACAGGAACUUGUUAUAUUUUCACCUAUGUGCUCAUAGUUAUUUGUCAAAUUGGGUGCAACACUCUUGUUUUAGAAGAAUAUACAGCUUCUGGAAACCUUUCAAAGUUAUUAAUAGACGAUAAAAGUCACAUGCUUUAUAUUGGAGGAGAAAAUAUUUUGAUUCGUCUUGAUAGUAAAUUGACACAGCAGCAGACAAAAUCUGUUGGGAAAGAAUUCGACUCUGAUAAAUGUUUUGGAAAACCAGCACCUUGUAAAUUUCAAAGGUCCCAGGUUUCAAAUACAAUAAAUGUUCUUGCCAUCAAUAAGAUUCAUGGCUACCUGUUAGCAUGCGGGACAAUAAAGCAAGGGUUAUGCAGUAUUUAUUCAUUGUCGGAUUUUAACAUUGCUGAUGAUCUUAACGUAACUGAUCAUGCCUCAUUUGUUGGCAGUAAAGUAUCUUCAGUUGCCUUUUUUGGCAGACCGCCAAAAGGUAUAGACACGGAUAGACGUAUGUUGUAUGCAGCAGUGUCCACUUAUGACCGAACAGAAGAAAAAUUUACGCCAAUGACCAUCUCAACAAGGGAAAUAGUUUACAAUUCAACACAUAAGAGUAUUAAAUACUUGGAAAAUGAUAGAGAAUUGGAUGACUACAGUUUCUUAAGUGUUUAUCCGCCCAUGCAAUCCAAAUUCCGUACCAAAUAUAUUUAUGGCUUUGAAUUAAACGGUUAUGGAUAUUAUGUCUCAGUACAACCUAUCUCUUCAGACCUUGCAAAAACCAAGUACGUAACUAGGCUUAUUCAAUUUUGUUUAGAUGAUAGAUUCUAUGGGACUUACAUAGAAUCGGUGAUUGUAUGUAAACAUGAAUCCUUUGAUUACACUUUAGCGACAGCCGCCUAUAUUGAUUAUGGGGAAACCAACGAUUAUUUAGCCAUCAGUUUUGGACAUCCUGGAAAUGUAGUAUCUAGUGAGCCUGAUCCCAAUUAUGGAACAGUUGUGUGUAGAUAUUCUAUGUCGGAUGCAAGGAUCCAUUUCUCCUAUUUGCAGUUUCAUUGUUACAAUGGUGGAGUAGGGUCAUACCCAUGGUGGGUUCACGGUACUUCUCAGACAUGUACGAUCACAAGGACGACAAAAAAUGACCAGAUGUGUUGGUAUGAUAAACAACAGCUGAAGAGUGGGCUGACUGGAGGUACAGACAUAGAUUCGGUGUUUGUUGCACAUGCAGAUAUAUGUGUUGACGAAAUGAUCACAUCCUUGGUUCUAACUAAUCAAAGUAAUCAUCCAAUAGCAGUCCUUGGAACAUCUGAUGGCCAAUUAAUAAAGAGCCUAGUUGGAAAUGAAACAUCUACAAGUCUAAAGGCAGAUUUUUGUGAGAGUAACAAACCUUAUAUGCAGUAUAAACUAAGUGACGGGCCAAUUCUCCAGGAUAUGAGGAUGGAUGCAAAAGAGGAGUAUGUCUAUGCUAUGUCUGGCAAUAAGAUUUCUCGGUUCCCACUCAACUCCUGUGCUGUGUAUGAUAAAUGUUCAAGCUGCGUGAGCUCCCGGGACCCGCAGGGUUGCGGUUGGUGUGGCAAUCAUUGUAGUAAACGGGACGAGUGUGUGGAUCCGAAUGUUGAGUUUUCACCACUAACUUGUGAACCAAUUAUUACAUCAAUUUAUCCAUUGUCAGGACCUACUGAUGGAGGCACUCUGCUCACUGUAAAGGGAGACAAUUUUGGAUACAAAGUUCCUGUAGUGACCAUUGGUGACAGUACCAAUAAAUGUUCACCGUUAUCAGAGAGCUUGAGCAACACAGAAAUCACAUGUUCAACUCAUGCAUCUAUAACGGAAGGUAGCUUCACUGUCAAGGUGGAGGUCAGUGACCUCACAGGUGAAAAGUUGAACUAUAAGGUUGAUGGAACUGCAGAAACAGAGACUAUGAAAUUUGAAUACAGGAAACCUGUAUUGAAUAGUGUUACACCGUUGUAUGGACCACGUUCAGGAGGAACCAUUAUCACCUUAGAGGGAGAUAACUUUAAUGUCGGUCUCAACAAAUCAGUGUAUAUUGGCACCAAACUGUGCAAUAUGACAAGCUCAAAUAGAACAGUGAUUUUGUGCAAAUCACCACAAGGCCCCCUACUGUUGGGUUCAUCUGGAAGACGGAAACGUGCCAUUAAGAAAGACUUUGUUACAUUGACAAUAGAUGGCGCUGUACUCCACAGUACAGAACCCUACGAGUAUAAAAAUGAUGCCACAGUGUCAAAGAUUGUUCCAGGAAGUACAGUCCACAGUGGGGGGACCAAGGUAAAAGUGUACGGUACAAACCUUGACACUGUACAGCAUCCAAAAAUUGGUGUUCAACUACCAACUGGAGAAAUGACUGAAGAGGAAUGUGUUGUAAAUGAGGCUGACGAAGGUAAAGAAAUGACGUGUACUAUGCCAAAUAUACUGCCGUUGAUGACGUCAAUGGAUCAGAGCACACUUACACAUGUUUUUGUAUACUUUUCUAUGGAUGGUAUAGAGAAACUUCGAAAACCUACCCACAGGUUUAUCUACAACCCGAACCCUGUUGUGACUAAAUUUGAUGGCGAGGAAUUCUUGAGGGUUUUCAAUAUUGAAGAAGAUGAUUUAGAAAUAAAGGGAGAAGGUCUGACAAGAGGUCUAAGUCAGCAUGACUACGUAAUUUACAUUGGAAGAAAUCGAUGUAAUGUGUCUGCCCUCACAGACAGGGUCAUCAAGUGCAUACCAAAUAAACCGAAAAGAGUCGUUGCAAAUGAACCUCAACAAGCUGUCGAG